GGUAAACGUAAAUUGUUACAUGUUACUAACGCCUAUCCAAUCCUUAGACCCAACGUUUUUCUCGACCCAUCAUUCGACACACAGCCACAGGAUCAACUCACUUUAUGUGUGACCGCCUAUGCCCGGUGCCUUCUCCGGCACUUACCGAUAGGUUCGGUAUCGGAGGGUCAAUGGUAUAAGACUAAUAGCCAAAAAGGUUUAAGCAAAAACGGGUUUGGGUGGUUGGGUUUUUGGAGGGUUUUGGCUUGCAAUCCGAGAGAGACUGGACGGGAGAGCGAGAGGCGUUUUGUGUUCUUUUAAAAUUGUUUUCCUGCCCUUGUUUUUCUGGAGAGAGAGCAUAAAAUGUUGGAGAUAUAGGUAGCGUUUCAAACAACGAUUCCGCAGUGAGGAAAGAGAGAGAGAGAAUUAUGGGUUAGAAAAUGAGAGAAGUUCACUGUUGCGAGGGGGAUAAAGAUUAGAGAUAGAGGAAGUGUGUCGUGAGGUGCGCUUGUGUGUGUUGCAGAAAUAAGGGGAAUUCUUCUGUUUUAUUUUUUUCUUUAUUUUCUUUCUUUGUAUAACUGUAUCACGCAAACAAAAGCUUCUGAAUUUCGAUCUGGGCUUGCAUUACGGUGAAGAAUUCUCUCUGGGUUGCUAGCUAGCAGGUGAGAUUUGUGAUGCUCGUCGGUAUCUUUGUUUCUUUGUCUCUCUGGUUUUAGUGUUUGGUCUGGGUUUUUUUGUUUUCUUUCCCCUUCAUUUUUGUGGGCGAGAUGACGUUUUCGGUGGUGGUAGCUCGUUUUCAGUGAUAAUCUUACGGGGAAUCCUACUUUUGUUUUUCAGUUCACUUGCCAAGUUUCUACCAAGGUUUCUAUCUUCUGCUCCAAAACCCUUCCAUUUUAUAUAUCUGGGUCCCUAAGGUUUAUCCUUAUUGAGAUGUUUUCAGAUCCUUCAUCCAAAUUUUGCAGAUUUAUUCAGAAAUCAAAACUUCCUACGCCGAUCUUUGCUUCAGGGUUUUACUGUGGUUUUAGUUUUAUUUUUUGGGUUCCUCUGUUUUGUCGGAGUUUCUCAAACUGGUCCAAAAGUGCCAGUUGUAACUUUUCUGCAUGAAAGUCAUAUAUGAUUUCGUUGAAUCUAGCGAUGAUCUGUCGACACUAGAGACAUGGAAUCCAUAAGCCCUCCUGAAUUCUGGUUCGGGUAUGUUGUGGUUUGCAUGUCCGGAUCUCCGAUUAUGAUUUUGUUAUGUGGGGAUUUUGCGUGGGCCAAAAGAGGGGAGGAUGACACAGAAUGUGGGCAAUACAUAUGUGAUCUGAGGCCGUAAUUCUGAUGGGAGUGCUGCAAAUGUCUAGUCAAUGGUGUCAAAUAAUUACCUGAAGCUUUGCUCAUUUCCAGUUUUGGAUCCCUGACAGGACGUGAGAACAAUGAAUUUAUGGAAAUAUUAUGGUUUUCUAGUACUGCCCAGAAGGUUAUUUUCGAUUCUUCUGAGUAGUUUGAGUGCCUUGUGGUUGUCACGUCGCUUAGGGCGAUUUAAUGUCCUGUCUUUCUGGGCUCCGUUUGAUGGAGAAGAAGUUCCCCCAGUUUCUGUUUUGCUGAACCUUUCUAAAUUCAUUUCUGCCGCUGUACGAACAUUGGCUUAUAUCAACGUUUGAUGAUAUAUAUUUGUUUGUUUUUCAGGUUCUUGUUGUUUGCUUUCUGUGAGCUUUUUGAUUGGUGGCUCUGCUGCACAAGUUUGAUAACAAUUGGAUCUUGAAAUGCAUCUUUCUUGGCGCUUUCACUGAGAUAUGGUGUUGAAGAGGAGGUUAGACUAUGGAUUCAAUGGCUACGAGUUUCCUCCUAUACCCAGAGCUGCCAGAUCAGCUAGGAGGAGGGUUCCCUUCAAGAAGCGGUAUCAAGAGAAUCGGAUGUGUGCGUUUGACUUGUUGGCUGUGAUAGCGGGAAAGUUGUUGCUCGAGAAAGAUACUGCUCCCGUAUCCAGUAACGCAGUGCCUAAUGAUGAAUCUGCUGUAAACAAGGUACAUGAAAUUGAGGAAAAAACUUCGGAAGUAAAAGUUCAAGAUCAAGAAAGUCCUGCCAGAAGUGUCUUUGUAUCUGGGAUUCUCCAUAACAUUCCCGAGGAAGAUCAUUGUCAUAAAGAACAAUUCUACAACGACAAUAAUCAUUAUGUAGGCUUAGCCUCUCGAACAGCAACCUCUGGUGGCAACGAGAAGCUCGAUGGGGAUAAGGUAGUGAAUGGAGAAGAUAAGAGUGCCAUGGGAACUUUUUCUUCUAGCAAGAUGGCAGUAGGCUUCUCAGGGAACUUUGAUGAUUCUAUUGAAACUAAAGUAGAUGGGAAAGUUGAAGAUAAUCUAAAAGAUGAGCUGUUUAAGUCUGACAAGCUGGAAAAUGGAACAUGUGGUGGUAUGUUCAGCUCAGACAGUACAUUAUGUGCACACCAUAUUCCUCAUUGUUCUAGUCCUGCAAAUGGGGAUAAUGUAAAUAUAGUUAGUAGUAGAGAUGAUGACGAAAACUCUUCUGGGUGUACUCACCCUAGCACCAUGAAAAGGUUUUUUAGACGGACUCCUCGCAUUGGAGACCGAAGAAUCAAGAAAAUCUUGGCUUCAAGAUGUUGGAAGGUAGCCUCAAGAUUGAAAGAUACAAGCUUUUCGAACAGACAAGGGGAUUUGAAGCCCUUUUAUCAUACUGGGAAGAACUACUAUAAACUUGACAGAUCUGAAAGGCUGUAUCCUAUCAAAAAGAGGAAACGCUUCAGCUAUAGCUCACCGUCGAGUUCUUGUGGGAUGAUUGAUACUGAUUUAGCUCAGAAGGGCUGCAAUGGAGAUGGUUCUGCCAAUGGGUCUAUAGCGUCAUCCUCAAGUGGUGGGGAACAGUUUACAUUCCAACCUAGGGAUUCUCGGGUUAAGCUUCGGAUAAAGUCAUUCAAGGUGCCUGAGCUUUUCAUUGAGAUCCCAGAGACUGCUACCAUUGGUUCCUUGAAGAGGACUGUGGUGGAUGCUUUCACAGCAAUACUUGGAGGCGGAGUGCGCGUUGGUGUUCUUCUUCAGGGAAGGAAGCUUAGGGAUGACCAUAAGACGUUAUUGCAGACUGGACUCUCUAACAGUAACCACUCUGAUGCUCUAGGUUUUAGUCUUGAGCCUAAUCCCUUGCAUAGCAAUGGUUCUGCGUGCUCAGGAGAUUUCACUUCUACGGUUUCCCGCCAGACACCACACCCUCUUAGCAGUUAUCGGCACACUCCAAGUGCAGUGCAUCAGGGUACUAGUGCUGCUUCUCCUGAGCCUCAAACGGUCAAUGUGGGGAAUUUGGUUGAAAGUGACCACGACUCGGCUCCUUCCCCUACAGACCACUUAAUUGAUCAAAGCACUAACGACCCAAAAGCACUGGUGGCAGCACCAGCUCUGAAUGGUACAGCAGGUGCACUAACUAUGAUUUCAGCCAACCGGAAAUCCAAGCAAGCUGAGAUGGCUCAGCGCCGAAUUCGUCGACCUUUCUCUGUAACUGAAGUUGAAGCAUUGGUACAAGCAGUUGAACAAAUUGGAACUGGGAGAUGGCGUGAUGUGAAAGUGAGAGCUUUUCAUCAUGCAAAGCACCGAACUUACGUGGAUUUGAAGGACAAGUGGAAAACACUGGUGCACACGGCAAGAAUAUCCCCACAACAAAGGAGGGGAGAGCCAGUACCCCAAGAACUGCUGGACAGGGUUCUAACUGCUCAUGCCUAUUGGUCCCACCAACAACAGCUCAAUCAGCAGCAACUCUCAGACUCUUGUACUUUUCCUGCUCGUCUGGUAGCUAUACCUUAAAGAAGUGGAUUUGCUGAAGAACCCAAUUUAGGUUAAUUGCUGGUUUGUAAGAGAUGUCUAGUUGUUAGUUGAAUUUGUAUUUUUCUGUUACUAUGAUGUACAGAAACGAGGCUACAGGCAAGGGAUAGCAGUUGUGGAGUUGGGGGGUAUUUGGUAAUGUAGUAUUGGAUAUUUGCAGUAAUUUUUCAUGGUUGAUUCUUUCCCUUGAUGGACCUGGAACUGGUUGACGAAUGUAAAUGGAUAACGUGAGAAUAAGAGCCUUUGGCUAACACUAGGCUGUGCUUCUUCCCUGCUUUCUUGGUUUCCUGUUUGCACGUCUGGUCCAAUUCGGAUAUGGCACUCUUAGCCUUUUCCGCGAGUAUAUACUCAAAUAGAUGAGAUUGAGCUAC